AUGGUGACGAAGUGCUUCUUCGUUCUCUUGCUCGCGCUAGUCGUGCCCGCCAGCGGUGACGCCCAGUCGACUCCAGUAGUCAGCACGUUGACGGAGUCGACCGCUUUGAACGUGGACCACGCUGUCCGGACCGGACGAGUCAACAAGCAAAGGCUUCAAGUGAACGUUGGCGCAGAUGGCGACGAUGGAGAAGAACGGGGAAUGGCGGAGAUAGCUGCCAAGAUAGAGGAGCUCUUCAGGUUCAAGAUGGAGGACAUCGUGGAUUAUGUUCGAAGGCUCUGGAAGCUGGCGAAAGACCCUUAUAAUAAGUGGAGAGUCAAGAAGAUUAGGCGCCUGAUUAAAUCAGGUGCGUCCGACGAGGAACUGAUGGAGGCCGGAUGUGAUCCACAGAUCAUCUUCGACGCGCUGCGGCUUCCUCUUCGUUUGAAGGGUAUCGGGUAUAAGAUUCCCGACUUUUUUUUACGAAUGAGCCUAAGCUAA